AUGUACGCUCAGUCUGUGCUCGUCCUCGCCCUGCUCCCGGAGCUGUUGGUCGCCCGUUCCGUCGGCAACAACGCCCGGCGGGGGGUCCAGUGCAGCUUCGCCACGGGCGCCAACCCGGGCGACACCUGCGAUAGCUUCGCCAGCGCUUGGGGCAUCUCAGUCGACCAGCUCAAGUCGCUGAACCCCGGGGUGGACUGCGGCAACUUUGACGGCACCAAGGAGUACUGCGUCCUCGGUGAGGUAAACGACGACGAGCCCACCAAGGCCAGCACUUCGUCCGGGCCUGUGCAAACCACCUCUACUAAGGCCACCCCGCCGCCUACCAAGACCACUCCCGCCAGCGACCACGAGCCUACUCAGCCUGGCCUGGCCGAGAACUGCGACAAGUUCCACAAGGUCGUGGCUGACGACAGCUGCGACGACAUUGAGGCCAAAGCUGGCAUUAGCCACGCGCAGUUCGCCAAGUGGAACCCGUACAUCAAUGACAAGUGUUCAAACCUUUGGCUCGACUACUAUGUCUGUGUGCACGUCCCGGGGGCCAAGACCACCGCUCCUGGCCCCAAGCCUACCGACGACGGCCACUCUCCGACCCAACCUGGCAUCGCAAAGAACUGCGACGAGUACCACAAGGUUGUCGCCGGCGACCAGUGCGACGCAAUCGAGUCUCAAAACAAGAUCACCCACGCUCAGUUCCUGAAGUGGAACCCCGCUCUCGACAGCAAGUGCACGAACCUCCUUGUAGACUUUUACGUCUGUGUUCACAUUCCUGGAGCGCCCAGCACUGGAGGUCCGCAGCCUCAGAUGCCCAACCUCGACCCGAACUGCAAGAAGUACCACAAGGUCGGCAAUGGCGAGGGGUGCUACGAGAUCAACAAGAAUGCCGGCAUCACGCUCGAUCAGUUUCGCAAGUGGAACCCCACAGUGGACGCCAGGUGUAGCAACCUUUGGGCCGGCUACUACGUCUGCGUUGGUGUAUAA